CUUCUUUUGCUCUGUUUAGCGUCGUUUGCAGUCAUGGCAGGAACUGAGCAUGAUAAUGAAACAUUGAAGGACAACUGUCCUGCAUUUAAAGAAGGCUGCCCUUAUUCCAAUCUGACAAAAGAUCUUUUCAUGGAAGAACUCAAAAAAUGCCCCGAGUUCCAGAUAGGAUGCCCCUUUAAAGAUGCUAAAAAUGUCAAGGAAGUGGUUGAAGAAUUGUCCAAGAUGCCAGAAUCAAAGCACCACACGGGAGAGGCACAUGAGCAGCUACUCAGCAUGCUGAAGGCUGUUCAUUCUGAGUCCAAAAAGUUGGAAGAGAAGGUUGGAGAAUGUCCUGUGUUUAAGACAGAGGAAGGCUGUCCUUUUAAAGAUGCCAACAAGGAAGGAAAACCUUUGAUAGAGCCACCAGCAGCUGUGUUAGAAGGUUUUACUACCUCUGAUGUCAGUAAACUGAAGGAGAAGUGUCCUGCUUUCAAGGAAGGGUGUCCAUUUGCCAACACGGAGAAUGAAGCUCUUUUGGGAGAAAUUAAGAAAUGCCCGGAGUUUGAAGAAGGAUGUGCCUUCAAGGAUGCCAAAACAAUUGAAGAAAUCCACAGUAAGCUGUCGCAGAUGCCAAGCAGUGACAAGGACUGCCACCAUAAAGAAGCUCUGAUGAAGACCGUGAAAGUCAUUCACAGUGUUGGCCAUGAGAAAGCUGAGGAGUGUCCUGUACUUCAGAAAGAUGGUUGUCCAUUUAAAGCUGUUGAGAGUGAAGGAAAGCCUCUUGUGGAGCCAGCUGAUUCAGUGUUGCCAGCUGGUGCAAAAAGGAAGUGUCCAGCCUCUGAUUCAGGGUGUCCUUUUGCCAAAGUUGGAAAAGAAGAUCCAAAGAAAUAAUCAGUAGAUCUUAUGCUGAGGCUCUCAAACUCAACACAACAUGAAAAAACACAAACUUUUAAUUUUUUAAAUUAAACAUGGAUGAAUACACAUUGUUGGUUAUGAUAAAUAAACUGUCAAUUACCACCUGUGUUGAAAACAGUAAGGCAAACCAUUAAAGUAAACUUUAUCAUUCUUA